CCCAACCUCAGUACAUACACAACAAACGCACAGACAUUCACACGCUAAACAGAAAUUUUAAUUAUAUUUUAGCCGCGUAGUACUGUUUAAUAAUAUGUUGCAAAGGUAUUAAAUUAUUGAUUAAAGAUUUGUAUUGAAUAAGUAAUUUAUCAUGAUUGGAAUACAACUAUUUUCUAAGCAAGUCAAACUAUUGUACGAUCAAGAAUUAUAUUCAAAUGUUGUUUCCCUUGCCAACCUAGUUUUAUCAACAGCAGAUGGUAUUUCCGAAGCUGAAAAGUUUGAUUGUAAUAUGUAUUAUGCGGAAUCAUUGUUCAAAAUAAAACAGUAUAGGAAAGCUGCUACUAUUUAUAAAACCGUUUUGUCAAUUAAAAAAAAUUCUUCCAAAAAUAAAUUACUUAAUACUCAUGAGAAUAAAAUUGAUAUAUCCGAGGCUGAACUUGCAUAUAAGCUCCAUUUAUGCUAUAUGGAGCUGAAACAGUAUCAGCUAGCAUUGAAUAUUUUGCAACAAAUACCAGCUAAACAAAGGAGUCUUAAAAUAAUGUUUGCUCUUGGUGAACUACUUCGUACAAAUGGACAUGAACGCUUAGCCAUUACAUGUUAUAAAGAUCUACUUAAAGAAUGCCCUCUAUCGCUGCAAGCAAUUGAUGCUUUAUUAUCACUUGGUGUAAAAGGCAAUGAGAUAUCAGGAAUAAUACUAGAAGUAACUGAGGAAAUUGAAGGAUCAGAGUGGCUGAGAACAUGGAUUAAAGCACAAGCAUUUUACCAUUGCCAAGAUUAUGCCCAAGCUAUUUCAACUUUAAAAUCAUUAGAUGUAUAUCCUGGACUUCGAAUAAAUUCAACAGUGCUUACAGCACUCGCAGAAAGCUAUUAUUAUAACGGGGACUACAAAAAUGCAUAUUUAACAUUUCAAAGGGCAAAAUACCAUGAUCCACAACUGGAUAGAGGUCUGUCAAAAAUGGCUUGCUUAUAUUUAAGAAGUAAUAAAUUAACUGAAUUAGAACAACUAGUUAGUCCAAUGUUGCCUCUUUUUGAAUAUACAUCGGAGACUUGGACAGCCCAAGCAUAUUGUCAAUACGCUUUAAAGAAGAAUUCAAGAGCAUUAUAUUUUGCACAUAAAGCGUGUUUAGAAAACCCACAAAAUGUUGAUGCCAUGAUUUUAAAAGGAACUCUUUUGCUGGAAUCCAAGAAGCAUGAUAAGGCUAUUUCACAUUUUCGAGAUGCUUUAACUGUGGCCCCAUACCAGUUUGAAAUUCACAAAGGAAUUGUUGACACAUACUUAUCUUGGGAUAGAUAUCGUGAAGCUGUUAAUGCUGCAAGUAAUGCAUGCAAACAAAUUGGUAGCACACCGCGACCUUUAACGUUGUAUGCUUCAGUACUAAUGAAAGAUGCAAACAAUCUGGGUAAAGCUAAGACAAUACUAGAAAAAGUUUUAAAAAUCAAUGAAACUCAUACACCUGCCGUUUUAUUGAUGGUUGAUAUUUUAGAACAACAACAUAGAAACUAUUCUGUUGUGCAGCUGUUGCAUCGACAACUUGCAAUACAGCCCUCAGCUAAAUUAUAUCAAGUAUUAGGUGAUUUCUUAGCAAGACCAGGUAUUACUCAUGAUUUGGAUGGUGCUCUGACAGCUUACACAAAAGCAUUAACAUUGGAGCCAAAUAAUCAGAAAGCUCAAGAAGGCAUAAACAAGCUUGACCAAAGAGAAAAUGAUGCAUCUUAUGAUCAUUUGCUAGCUAAUAAUGAAUCAGGCAAUGCGGAUUCUGAUGCAAGUUACCAUUUGGUAGGUGAUUCAAAUAGAACACCAAGUGCUGACAGUAGUAAUAUAGGCAAUGAAAGUGCAACAGAUGCUGUUUGGAGUGACAUGGAAUUAGAAAUUAAUGUUCCAAAUUCUUAAUGACUCAUUUCAUUCUUAUAUGCAGAAUCACUAUCGCUAAUUAUAAAAAUAAUGUUGAUAUUAGUUUAAUAUUUAUAUCAUAUAUACAUACUCAAUAAUUAUAGUUUACAAUAAUGAUUUUUAUAAAUAAUUAUCUUGC